AUGCACUUCUCCAACCUCCUCCUCGCCGGGCUCACCACCCUCAUCACAACCAUCCCAAUGGUCACCGCCCAAAAAACCCACCUAGUAACAGUCGGCUACAACGGCACCAUCACCUUCUCCCCCUCCAAGCUCUCCGACGUUUCACCAGGCGAAGCAAUCCAAUUCCAGUUCGUAGCGGGUAACCACACCGUGACGCAAUCAACAUUUGACGCGCCGUGCCAGCCUAUUGUUAUGAACAGCAACGUCACGGGGAUCCAUUCGGGGUUCAUGGCUGCUGCCGCCGACAAGGAUAAUGUUCCUGUUUACACGGUGGUGGUGAAGAAUAAGAAUCCUUUGUGGCUGUAUUGUGCGCAGGGAAAACAUUGUCAGGGGGGCAUGGUGAUGGUUGUUAAUGAGGAUACCUCUGCAAAUGCGACCAAGUCAUUGGAGAAUUACAAGGCUGCUGCGGCCAAUGCUGCGGCAAACAUUGCUCCUGGUGCUGAUGCCGGUAGCGGUAGUGGCAGCGGUUCUGGUUCUGGAUCCGACUCUGGUUCCGGUUCCGGUUCCGGUUCCGGCUCUGGCAGUGACUCUGGCAGCGAUUCUGGCUCCGGCUCGGGUACUGGCUCCGAUUCUGGUUCUGGUUCUGGUUCUACCGAUGGCACCGAUGGCACCGACGGCACCACCACGACCGACCCAACUACCGGAACUAUCCCGUCCAACUCGACCAUCCCCAGUGGCUCUUCCUCGGCUCAGCCGGUGACUGCUGGUGCGGGUAUGCUCUCUGCUGCUGGAGCUACGAGCAUGUUUGCGCUUGUUGCUGGUGGUGUUGCUGCUUUCUUGUCUCUCUAA